AUGUCACCGCCAUUACUAGUGGAGUUUGCCUGGGGACUUGCUAAUAGCAACCACUACUUCCUGUGGAUAAUUAGGCCAGGUUUGGUCGUGGGUGAUUGUGAUUCAGCAAUCCUGCCCCCUGAAUUCAUGGAUGUAACUACAGAAAGAGGCUUUAUAACGAGCUGGUGCCCACAAGAGCAAGUCCUUACCCACCCAUCCGUUGGGGGUUUCUUAACCCAUGGUGGGUACAUGUGCACUAAAUGGGAGAUUGGCAUGGAGAUUGAUAAUGAUGUCAAGAGAGAUGAAGUGGAGAUGCUUGUAAGACAGUUAAUGGAGGGAGAGCAUGGCAAGAGAAUGAAAAACAAGGCUUUAGAGUGGAAGAGGCUAGCAGAAAAGGCUACAAGUUUAGAUGGGUCAUCCUGUCUCAAUUUAGACGAUAUGAUCAGCAAAUUUGUACUACCAAAAAACUAG